AUGACGACGUCAAGUUCAAAUUCCAAAGCCAGGAGAUGUACACCGAGAAUCUCUCCGGAAGCUGUCGAUGAUAUCUCUACUGAAGGUGUGGUAGUUGCGAUGGUUAUCGUCAUUUCCCUUGUCCGCUCUUUCCAUCGUCCCCUAUGCUCUUCUUCAUCUUCCACACCUAAAUAUCUUCUUAAAUCUCGCAUCUGCCCCUUCUGGUCUCCUUCCUUCUUAUUCUACCUACCUCCUCCUCAUCGCAGUACUAUCCUCCGCCACUCCUACUCACCUUCGCUUUCCCCCGCCGCCGCUCAUCGCCAUGGUUCAUUCUGCUCCGCCACACUACCAUCCUCAAUGUCGACGGUUUCUGAUGAUAAUACUCUAUUGAAGGACUUCGUAUUCCCUCCGUUUGAUGCAAUCGAUGCCUGUCAUGUGCGCCCUGGGAUGCGUGCCUUGUUGAAGAAUCUUGACAGCGAUUUGGUUGAAUUGGAGAAAACUUUGGAGCCGUCGUGGCCGAAGCUGGUGGAACCGUUAGAGAAGAUGUUGGAUCGGUUGAGUGUUGUUUGGGGAGCUGUUAAUCAUCUUAAGUCUGUUAAAGAUACUCCUGAAGUACGUUAUGCUAUUGAAGAAAUCCAGAAAUUCGAAUUUGACUUGAAAUUGGGUCAAAGUAAACCUAUAUACAACGCUUUUAAGGCUAUAAGGGAAUCACCGGACUGGGCAGGACUAAGUGAUGCUCAGAAGCGAAUUGUUAAAUUUAUCACUUCAAGUUUAUUGUGUCCAACUGAUAACUGUUUCAUCACUAAAGGAGCUGUUCUUAGUGGUGUCUCCCUUGAAGAUUCUAAGAGAGAAGAAUUUAACAAAAUUCAACAGGAACUGACAAAGCUUUCUCGAAAAUUUGAUGAGAAUGUUUUGGAUGCCACUAAGAUAUAUUCAAGACUAGUAACUGACAAAAAGGAAAUCGAAGGAUUGCCAGCUACAACUCUUGGCUUGGCUGCACAAACAGCCAUAUCUAAUGUUCUUGGUCAUGAAAAUGCCACUGCUGAAAAUGGGCCAUGGGUGUUUACAUUGGAUGCUCCAAGUUUCAUGUCUGUCAUGCAACAUGCCAAGAACCGAGCUUUAUGGAGGGAAGUUUAUGAUGUUUAUAUAACCCGUUCAUCUGUUGGAAGACUAGAUAAUACUCCAGUUAUUGAACAAAUUUUGAAACUUAGAUUGGAAAAGGGUAAACUUCUUGGCUACAAUAACUAUGCAGAGAUAUGGAAGAUCUGA